CGAUCGAUGGCCGAAGCGGAUAUGGAGCUUAUAAGAACCAAGAGAGCGCUUACGACUAUGGCGGCCGCUGCUGCGUUGGGUGGGAACGGGUCUGGAGGGGGUGGAGGGAAGAAUAAGUAUCGGAAGCGGAGUCGCGCGACACCUCCUGGAAAAUGUCAUUCUUGCAAUAUUCGAGAGACGCCAGAGUGGAGACGGGGACCGGACGGUGCGAGGACGUUGUGUAAUGCGUGUGGGCUGCACUACGCGAAACUCGUGCGAAAGCGCGAGAAAGCCCUCGCAAAUGGAGAAUCGCCCUCGAUCCAGCGCAUCGACAUGGAGAUGUUACGUGCGAGUGCCAGAGCUGCUGAU